AUGAAGCCCUUAGGCACAUCACCAUCUUCCGGCCUACACCUUGCUCCAUAUCCAUUGCUAAUUGUCCUAUUGAUGCACCGGCCGGAUCAGCUGCUUCUAGUUGUAGCCGACAACCUCACGGCCGGAUCGUCUAUCAGGCCCCCUCAGUACAUCACCUGCCCCUCCGGCGACUUCGCCUUUGGCUUCCGUGCCCUCCACCAUGACCCCACCCAGUUCCUCCUCGCCGUCUGGUUCAACCUCGACCACGAACCGGCAGCCGACCCCUCCAAGAACAAGGUGGUGUGGUACGCGAAAGACCCGGCGUCAAACUCGGCAAUCGUGGCCACGGCGCAGGCCGUGUUCAGCAUCACCUUCCAUGGUGAGCUCUUACUCACAGACUCCACCACCGGCAACGUCUGGACGAACCCGAGCCCUGGCCAGUCAGGGAACCUCCUCACGCUACAGGACUCGGGCAACCUCCAGUUCAUCGCCAUCGGGGGGAGCGCCGUCGUGUGGGAGACCUUCCGGCACCCGACCGACACGCUGCUCCCGGGGCAGGCAAUGGUCUCUGGAGCAAAACUUGAGUCCAAGCAGUCGGACACGGACUUCUCCGUUGGCCGCUUCAGCUUGUAUGUGCAGGCCGACGGCAAUGUCGUCUUGUACCUCAUGAACCUCGCCGGUGACAACAUGGACUCGUACAAUUCGUACUGGCGCACCGGCACCAACCAGCCGGGGCAAACCCAGGACGGCAACACCACCCUUUUCUUCGACUCGCCAGGGCACCUCCGCUACCAGAUCAAGGAUGGCAGGAUGCACGAUCUGACACCUCCCAUGCCGAACUCCACCGUUGGUUACUACCAGCAUGCGACGCUUGAUCCGGACGGUGUUGUUCGUGUCUACACCCUGCAGAAGAUUGCCACUGGAAGGCUCAAUAUUCCAUGGACCAUCUUCGGGCUGUUUCCAAGCAAUGGUUGCAGCGGAAAAACAACAGGCUGGGAAGGAAUGUGCGGCCCCAACUCGUACUGUGUGUAUGGUCCUAACAACAAGCUCGAUUGUGAGUGCCCAAGUGGUUACUCCUUCAUCGAUCCUAGGCUCAAGUACAGAGGCUGCACACCGGUGUUCACGCCACAGAGCUGCGGCGGCAAGAACCGGCCCUCCGAGUUCAGUCUUGUUAAGUUGCCCAACACCACUUGGUUGACGCGGCCAUACAGGAUAUAUUCCUACAGCACAGAGGAGCAGUGCGACGACUCAUGCUUGCGUGACUGCUUCUGCACCGCCGCUCUGUUCGACGGAGAACAUUGUUUCAAGAUGGCAUUAUUGGUGGGUGGAGGAUCAGGAAGGAAGACUCGACAUGGAGGUAUCGAUCAAGCAACUAGUCUCAUGCUACAUUGCGGCCCUCGGAAGAAGAACACCAACCAUGAUUUCCUGAGGGUUUUCACCGGAAAGGAGCUUUACAAAGCCACCAACGGCUUUCACAAGUUGUUGGGCAAAGGUGGCUUUGGAGAGGUUUACCAUGGGGUGAUAAUGUCGCUACACACCUCUGACGUAGCAGUGAAGAAGCUCAUCAACUCCAACGAGUACAGCGAGCGGGAGUUCGCGAAUGAGGUGCAGUCCAUCGGCAGGAUUCACCAUAGGAAUCUAGUCCGCAUGGUGGGUUACUGCAAGGAGCCGGAGCAAAGGAUGCUUGUGUUCGAGUUCAUGCCAGGCGGCUCCCUUCGAAGCUUCCUCUUCCAGCCUCAACGGCCGUUGUGGAAGUGGCGUGUAGGAGCAGCAAUUGGGAUUGCCAAAGGGCUAGAGUAUUUACAUGAAGGCUGUGAUUCUCCCAUCAUUCACUGCGACAUCAAGCCCGACAAUAUACUUCUAGAUGGCAACAGCAAUCCGAAGAUAACCGACUUUGGGAUCGCCAAGCUUCUCAACAACCAGGAGAUGCACACCACGGUGACCAACAUCAGAGGCACAAGGGGCUACAUUGCCCCCGAGUGGUUCCAAAGCGACAGGCGCAUCGACACCAAGGUUGAUGUUUACAGCUUCGGCGUUGUGUUACUAGAGAUGAUAUGCUGCCGGAAGUGCCAGGAGCCGGUGACCGGGCAGGAUGGUGACGAUUCAGUCACGUUGUUCGGGUGGGCCGGUGAAUUGGUUCGUCAUGGCAGGACUGAGAUUUUGCUGCAUAGUGACGAUGAUGCCAUGGAGGACUUGGCCAUGGUGAAGAGGUUCUCGCGUGUCGCAUUCUGGUGCGUCGAGCAGAAUCCUUUGCUGCGACCAACAAUGCACCAGGUUGUGCAGAUGUUGGAGGGUGUGCUUGAGGUUGGAAUCCUACCUGAUCCUCCAAACUCCACAGACCAUGCAUCCUUGAUCUCUUCAGUUGGCCGGAGCACUUUGCCGUCAAGUGGUAAUGCUCUUCAAGUGGAGUGA